AUGAGCAAGCGUAAACGCGAUGGCUCAGCCCAAGUCGCCGGCGGCUCCAAGCACGCGCGUGUGCGCGAAGGUCAACGUGAACGAGAGCCCGAGUCGGUCCCUCGCAGGCGCAAGCUCAAGGGGGUUCGUCUCCCAGUCGACAUCGCGGCCCUUGCGCACGUCUUGCAGCAACUCGAAGACCUCCUGCUGAGCCCGGACGAAGCCAUGCUGGAGGCGGCGGCGUUCGGCCACGUGACAUGGGUACAGGAGCUUCUGGGCAGUUUCGAGUGCGAGUUGCUGGAGCCACUGCACGUUGCAGCCGCCAACGGCCACGCGGAAGUGCUUGAAGCGCUGCUGGACAAGUUGGUGAAGCCCCCGAGCGAGCUAGACAGCGGUACGUCGGAUGCCUUACAGUACGCGUUGAUGGCGGCUGGGGAGCACGAGCACCUCGCUGUUCUGCAGCUGCUUGUGACGUGCUUCCUGGCUGCAGGUAGUACACACAAGAGGGAACACGCAGCAUCUACAGUCACUUUAGUGCUGGAGGAUGCAGCAGCACACGGCCAACUCGCCGUCGUGGACUUUCUGGUUACACACGCGGCCCCGCUCUUUAUGGAGUUCGUGGAUCCAAGCGAGGAAUCGCCCGCCUUGGCGGCCGCAAUAAUGGGUUGGCACGUGGACGUCGCGUGGUAUUUACUGGAUCGGGAUGCGGACGGCGUCAUCUUUGACUUUGUCACUGCGUUUUGGGUAGCGCUAGACGCCGGACUGAACGACUUGGCGGACAGAAUUGACGUCUAUUCGCUGAGACGUCACGAGAGGACUGCGCUGCUUCUGGAGCUGGCAGUCGACGAUAGCGUGGAUGCCGUCAAGUAUAUUAUCGACAAGGGAGUGGAUUUGGAUUUGGUGAGCAAGGCGUUUAAGAAGGCGGCGAAGGCUGGUGCCGUCGCAGUCGUGCAGUUCUUGUGA